GCGCUGGCGCUGGGGCUGGGGCUGUGCGGGCCGGGGGCCCGGGCGCAGGCCGACGAGGACGGGGAGCUGGAGGCGCUGGUCCUGGCGCUGCCCGGCCAGGAGGAGCCGGAGCCCGGGGGGCGGCCCACCCACGCCGCCCCCUUCCAGCGCUGCGCCCAGGAUGCGUGGAGGCUGCCCGGCACCUACGUCGUGGUGCUGAGCGAGGGGACGCGGCCGUCUCUGACGGAGAGAACCAUCCGGCGGCUGCAGGCCCGAGCUGCCAGGCACGGCUACCUCACCAAGAUCCUGCACGUCUUCGAGCACAUCUUCCCCGGCUUCCUGGUCAAGAUGAGCGGCGACGUGCUCGACCUGGCCCUGCGGCUGCCCCACGUCCACGUCAUCGAGGAGGAUUCUCUGGUGUUCGCCCAGAGCGGACCCUGGAACCUCGCCAGGAUCGCCCCGGUCCCCGGCCCGGACGCCAUGCCCCCCGGCCGCGGCAGCCAGGUGGACGUGCAGCUGCUGGACACCAGCAUCCAGAGCGGCCACAGGGAGCUGGACGGCAGAGCCUUUGUCACUGACUUCCAGCACGUUCCGGACGAAGACGGGACUCGCUUCCAUCGGCAGGCCAGCAAGUGCGAAGGCCACGGGACCCAUACGGCCGGCGUGGUCAGCGGCAGGGACGCCGGCGUCGCCCCGGGAAGCCGGGUCCACAGCCUCCGCGUGCUCAACUGUCAGGGCCGGGGGACGGUCAGCGGCGUCCUGUCCGGGUUGGAAUUCAUCCAGAAGGGGCGGCUCGUGGGGUCACCGCCGCCAGCGCCGGUGGUGUUGCUGCCGCUGGCUGGGGGCUUCAGCCCAACACUGAACGCCGCCUGCCGCCGCCUGGUGCGCUCCGGGGCCGUGCUGAUCGCCGCGGCCGGAAACCACUGGGACGACGCCUGCAACUAUUCCCCUGCCUCUGAGCCCGAGGUCAUCACCGUCGGGGCCACGAACGCGCAGGACCAGCCGGUCACCAUGGGGACGCUGGGCACCAACUUCGGCCGCUGCGUGGACGUGUUUGCCCCCGGCGAUGGCAUCGUGGCAGCUUCCAGCGACUGCAGCUCCUGCUUUACCGCGCAGAGCGGGACAUCGCAGGCCGCUGCCCACGUGGCCGGGAUCGUGGCCGUCAUGCUGGACGCCGACCCCGACCUGACCCCGUCCGAAGUCCGGCAGCGAAUUCUCCACUUUGCCGCCAGGGACGUCCUGGACGAGGCCCGGUUCCCCGAGGGGCAGAGGCUGCCGACGCCCAACCUGGUGGCCAGAUUGCCGCCCGGGCCCGGAGCGGGGGCGCGGCGGCUGUUCUGCCGGACCGUGUGGUCGGGGCCGUCGGGGCCGACGAGGGCGGCGGUGGCCGUGGCGCGCUGCGGGCCUGGCGAGGAGAUGUUCGGCUGUUCCAGCUUCUCCGUCGGCGGCAAGAGGCGAGGGGACCACAUGGAGGUGGCUGAGGACGGGACGGAGUGCGUGGCCCACAACACGUUCGGCGGCGGUGGCGUCUACGCCGUGGGCCGCUGCUGCCUGGGUCCCCGGGCCACCUGCCACAUCCGGCCCGGCGUCCCCGUCCAACAUGGGGAUGAGAACCACGCCCUCUGCCCCGAGGCCCAAGGCUUCGUGCUCACAGGGUGCAGCUCCCGCAGUGCGGCCGAGGGGUCGGCGGUGCCCGCCCGGCCGGUGUGGAGGCCCACGGCCGGGCCCAGCGGCUGCGCGGGGCCCAACGGGGCCGAAAUCCGGGCCUCCUGCUGCCACGCCCCGGGCCUGGAGUGCCGGGUCAAGGAGCACACGGCCGCCGGCCCGCAGGUGACCGUGGCCUGCGAGGACGGCUGGACGCUGACGGGCUGCAGCAUCUACUCGGGCGGGUCGCCCACGCUGGGCGCCUACGCGGUGGGCGACGCGUGCGUGGCGAGGAGCCGAGGCGAGGGGGGCACGGUGGGUGCCGUGGCCAUCUGCUGCAGGAGCCGGGAGGCGGCCGGGCGGGGGGAGCAGGACGAGGGGCAGUGAUGGGCCCAACGGAGAGGGAGGAAGGGAGUCAGCCCCGGCCCCCUCCCCGCACCCCCACGGAUGGGCCCCGCCACCGCCCCGUGUCUCAGUACGCUGGCGCCCCCGGCCCCACACGCGGUGCCGAGGCGAGCCGAGCCGCUUCCCCUCAUCCAACGAGACGCGCCGUCCCCACCUUCCUCCUGCUCCAGGGCCUCCCGGCUACGGGGUCCACGCGAGGCCGCUGGGUUCUCGGCCUAAGCAUGGGCCCGGCGGGACCGGGGCCCCCGCUCUCCUACUCUCCGCUGGCCACACGCCCCGUCCGAGCGGCCCGGGGUGCCGGCCUUCGGUCGGCACUCGGCCCCGCCCAGGGGCAUCUCUUCGUGUGACGGGGGGAGUGCGGUCGCCUGGUUGGCCGGAUGCAGCCCUCCCGCUCUUCCGGCCCCACUUUUUUACCGGCGAUAUUUAUUCUGGGGUUUUAUAUCUGUUUGUACUCACGGAGACGUUUUAAAAUAAAAUCUUCCAUCGGGA